AAAUAAAUUAAGAUCUAGUAAGAAGCUAGUGAAGAAGUGACCAGAAUGUUAACCUUACCCAACAUUGCCGAUCUGCGUUUGCAGCAGCAGAUCGCCCAUGAAAUAUACCGCCAGCAGAUUAUGCAACGUUUGCCGGAUCCCCUUUGUGGUUUACUGCCCAACUUUGCCGGACACUUUGUGGCUCCACCACCGCCACCGCCGCCGCCACAGCCCUCGCUGCCAGGCGAUGUCGAGGCCAAGCUGGAGAACAACGAACUGUGGCGACAAUUCCAUAGCAUAGGCACCGAGAUGAUCAUCACCAAGAGUGGCAGACGCAUGUUCCCCUCGAUGCGUGUCUCUCUCAGCGGUUUGGAGGAGGAAGCCAGCUAUUGCGUGCUCCUCGAGAUGGUGCCCAUUGGUGACUGCCGCUACAAGUUCUCCGGCUCACAAUGGGUUCCGGCCGGUGGAGCCGAGCCGCAGAGUCCACAGCGAAUGUAUCUGCAUCCGGAGAGUCCAGCGACAGGCAAGCACUGGCAGUCCCAGGCUCUGCUCUUCAGCAAAGUGAAGCUGACGAAUAACACUUUGGAUAAUAAUGGUCAUAUCGUCUUAGCCAGCAUGCACAAGUAUCAGCCCCGUCUGCAUGUUAUACGCACCUCAGACUUGGGCCAGAUCCCCUGGGCCCCCCAGCAGGCCUUUGUGUUCCCGGAGACGGAGUUUAUCGCCGUUACGGCUUAUCAGAAUGACCGCAUAACCAAGCUGAAGAUCGACAACAAUCCCUUUGCCAAGGGAUUCCGUGAGUCGGGUCAGUCGCGAUGCAAGCGGAAGAUCAGUGAUUCCCCUCCCCCAGCUAGCCAGCCAGAGGAUGAGCCUUCAGAGUCACCAUUAGCCAAGCGGUUGCGUCUGGUGGAGGAACUGCCGCCACAGCAUCAUCUGCAGAAUCCGAAUCUUGUGCAGCAUCGGUAUCUGCUGGAUACCCUGGAGGCCAAUUUCUAUGUGCCAGCGCCACCACUACCACCACCACCACCGUCGCAGCAGCAGCAGCAUCAGUCCGCCUUUGAGUAUGCCAGGCACAUUGCCGGCUAUCCAAGUUGGGCCUACACACCGCCAUCGCCAGCCUCCUCGGUCUCCUCAUCAUCGGCGGGCUCUACGAGCGGCGAGUCCGCUGCCGAUGCCGACACCUUUGUGGAUGUGGUGAGCACAACCGCUGCUCCCAGCGAUGCUGCAGUGCCGCCUGCCAAGCCCAAACGGAGCAGCUUCAGCAUCUCGGACAUAUUGGGAACCAGCGUGUCCAUUUAGCGCGAGCGAUGUGCUCCCAUUUGGAGAUCGGCAUCGCUGCCUUGUACAUUUAAUUAGCGUUUAGUUGCCAUAGUGUAGUGUCUAAGCUGAAUUGUGAUAUUUUGCAGUUAAUUAGGAUUUCCAGGUAUUUCUCUGCCAUCAGUAUUUAUCGUAUUUAUUAUGCAAUUUUAAUUGUUCGGAUGAUUUCGUAAUGGAUUUAUUGUCUUUGGCAUUUCAUAAAUGCGCGGCAUAAAUAAACUAUGUAUAUGUUCAAAUGUAUUCACUCGCGGAAUUUGAUUUGGAAUGGUCCCAGACAGA